GUAACCACCGAAACCUGAUCGCCUGACCAGAGAUGUUUGUUUUCGACUUCGUGGAGGGUUAGGGUCGACUUCUUCGCCUAGAGUGCAUCACGCCUCAGGAGUACUCCUUCUUGAUUCUCCGCCGAGCAGUCGACGCUGCGACGCUGCGCCAGCCAACGCAGGACAGGAUCUCGAUCUCUUUGUUACCAACCAAAUCCGCACCUGUCCUGCAUCGACCGAUCAGUCCCCUCGGUGCCACCUAUCGAUUUGUGUGGAUUCGCUGUAUAUCGCCGCCGCCCCAGCAUCCACCCUCCUGAACUCUAAACCGUAAUGAACUUGGAUUCAGCCUCGAGCGCUAGCUCUGGUCCACCUCCAAACCCCCGUUCAAGUAGGGGUGCUAUCGCUGCCCAAGCCUGUGAAACGUGCCGUUCAAGAAAGCAAAAAUGUGACGAGCAACGACCGAAGUGUGGCUUGUGCCAACGGAUGAAGCUGGAAUGUAACUGGAGAGAAGUUCAACCGACCAAGAAAGACAAGACCUUGGUAGAGAUUCUGGACCGCUUGAGGAGUCUUGAGACCAAAGUUGAUCGAAUUCCCACCUCCCGAGGUAUUUCAGUUUCCGGCUUCGGUCCGCCUCAGCCUUCUCCUACCAGUCAACCGUCUUUCAAUCCCGACGUCGAUCCAAGUUCAUACUCUUCUUCUCUACGUCCGAGCCCGAGCGGCAUUAAAAGCAAUCAAUCGUACCGACAUUUUUCUGCAUCACACAAGAUAUUAACAUGGCCUAUUAUACAACAAGCAUUGCUCCAAGCUCUGCCCUCAAAUGUAGGGGAUCUGAAAACUCUUGAACAAGAUGGAACCGCGUUCUUAGUUCAAAUACAACGGGAGACACCAAAUCUCCCUCUGGACGAAGGCUUGACAGAGAGACCGUUUGUGGGCAUGCAAACACAGGCUACCCGGACAGCAGGAGGUAUUAGAACCACGUUUCCUCCAUUGACGAAAGAUGUUAUGAAUAAUUUGGCGACCGCAUACUUCGACACCUUCAACUUCAUAUAUCCAUUUAUGGAUCGACAGAACUUCAUUUCGGAUACUCUAUCAAAAGUACAUUCAGAAGGCUUUGAUGGAGAUGUUGAGUCUGUGAUAGCGCUCCUGGUAUUUGCGCUCGGAGAAGUGGCAAUAGACGGAUCCCGUGGCAAACCUAUUGAGGUCUACAAAGGGGGUCGCCCUAGUGGAGUCAGGGGCGGCUCGAUCACGAGACCUCCUGGAAUCGCCUUAUUUAACGAAGCGAGGAAACGUAUUGGUUUCUGUUUGACAGAAUGCGAACUCGAGAAUGUUCAGAUUUUUUCGCUGGCAGCACUUUAUUAUCAAGCGACUUCAAAACAUGGGGAGUUUUGGAGAAUGUCGGUAUCUGCCUCCUCGGCUGCUCAGGUUCUAGCCACGAGUUCGUCUAUCGACUGGAACUCACCGAGAGGCGACCUCAUUAAACGUGUCUACUGGCAUUGCUUCCUUAUGGAAUGGACUCUGUAUCUAGAGUUAGACGUGCCACUGACGGGAAUUUCGGCUCUACAAGAUCGUGUUGGCAUUCCCUCGUUCAAUACACCAUUUUGUGAAGCAGAUCAUCGAGGAAACCAGUCUUCCCACUUUGAAGCCCAUUAUGCGUCGCAGAUUGCUCUCCGACGACUUUGUGCCAAUAUGCAUAAUAAUAUUUAUGAAUCAAUGGCGAGUAGAGAUACACCUGGGACUUCAAAUAAUGGCGACUUUGGCGGUCCUUCGGCAACCUCAUUAAACCAGCUCGCAUCACAACUGAGUCAAUGGCGAAGCAUGCUGCCCAGAGAUUUGCAAUGGGAUGAGGAUGAUCCAGCGAGCUUUCCCUCCCCACAAGCGUCGGGUGGUUACAAUCAACCACUCGAUCCAACACUAUCCCCACAGCGAUCACGCCCAGCACCGCCUCUGUUUACAACUGAUUUGAACAGUGAUCCUGUCCACUACCCCUACGUAUAUGACAUUCAAGUUGCGUUGUUGCGAACGAGGUACUAUUAUGCAAAGUAUAUGGUGCAUCGCCCUUUCGUCUACAAGGCAUUGCACUUCCCAGAGCAGAUGACCCAAGAAGACGCUCAAGGGGUCGCAGAGUGCUUACGAGCUUGCCUCAACUGGCCAAUCCUCCUUUCACCAACGUCGCGCCGUAAACGCUUGAUCCCAUGGCUCUUUGGCUGGAGCCAGAACUUCCUCGGAAUACUACUCAUAAUGCACAUGACGCAGAUCAACCCCAUGUUACGGGAUAUCCGCACCCAGCUCUGCGGCGCUCGCUUCGAGGCCGAGGUGAGCGAAAGCGUAGAUUUGAUGCUGGAUUGGAUCGGAGACUUGAAGAACACCGAUGCUAUCGCAAAAUGGUGUUAUCGGAUUCUCCAGCCUAUUUACAAUCUUGAACCGUGAGAGGCUGGUUUAGACUCUCGAAUCGAGAAACGAUGAAGAUUAUUGAUGAAAAGGAGCGUCACGUGCCAAGCGAGGUUUGGCAGCUCUAUCUACCUAUCGUGAUGCGAUGAGGGGCAUCAAGGAGGGCGUGAGAGGCGGAGCGAGAAUCUCUAUCCCAGAAUGAUGAAUAUU